AUGCGCAUACAGGAAAAUUCAAGCUGCGAUCGCCCCUCCCUUUAAGAAUCCCAGUCUCGGUUACUUUCUUUCCUCACAAACUGAUUUCUCCUCAUAUUUUCAAAUCCAGGAUCAAAGCUUUUACGAUAACCUUUGAUCCAGUAUGAGUUACCUGAGCAACGGUGAAAGUAUUCAGCAGACUGAUGUUGGAGCAGUAGUACAGAGUGGAAGAGAAAUUUUAUUGCAGGCUUUUAACUGGGAGUCUCACAAACAUGAUUGGUGGAGAAAUUUAGACAACAAGGUUCCUGAUAUUGCAAAAUCUGGGUUUACAUCGGCGUGGUUACCACCAGCAACUCAUUCCUUUGCACCCGAAGGAUACCUUCCUCAAAAUCUGUAUUCUCUCAAUUCUUCAUAUGGCUCUGAACACCUUUUAAAAGCUUUACUUCAAAAGAUGAAGCAAUACAAAGUUAGAGCAAUGGCUGACAUAGUGAUCAAUCACCGUGUUGGAACUACCAAAGGGCAUGGUGGAAUGUAUAACCGUUAUGAUGGAAUUCAGUUAUCUUGGGAUGAAUGUGCUGUUACAUCUUGUACCGGUGGAUUGGGUAAUAAAAGCACUGGGGACAACUUCCAUGGGGUUCCAAAUAUUGACCAUACCCAACACUUUGUUCGAAAAGAUCUAAUUGGGUGGCUAAAAUGGCUUCGCAAUACAGUUGGCUUCCAAGAUUUUCGUUUUGAUUUUGCCAGAGGGUAUUCAGCAAAUUAUGUGAAGGAAUAUAUUGAAGGUGCAAAGCCUGUAUUUUCUGUUGGUGAAUAUUGGGAUUCUUGCAAUUACAAUGGUCAACGCUUGGAAUUCAACCAAGAUAGUCAUAGGCAACGGAUUGUCAAUUGGAUUGAUGGCACAGGGCAGCUUUCAACUGCAUUUGACUUCACAACAAAGGGAAUUCUUCAGGAAGCGGUGAAGGGAGAAUUCUGGCGUCUGCGUGAUCAUCAAGGAAAACCACCUGGAGUGAUGGGAUGGUGGCCUUCAAGGGCUGUCACUUUCCUUGAUAACCAUGAUACGGGCUCCACUCAAGCUCAUUGGCCGUUUCCCUCGCAUCAUAUUAUGGAGGGCUAUGCAUAUAUACUCACACAUCCGGGGAUACCAACAGUUUUUUACGACCAUUUUUAUGAUUGGGGCAACUCCAUUCAUGACCAAAUUGCGAAGCUGAUGGAAAUUCGGAAGAAACAAGACAUUAACAGCCGAUCAUCUAUUACCAUUUUCGAAGCACAGCCAAAUCUCUACUCUGCUAUUAUUGGGGAGAAAGUGUGCAUGAAGAUCGGUGAUGGUUCGUGGUGCCCAGCUGGCAGGGAGUGGAAACUUGCCACUUGUGGCAACAGAUAUGCAAUAUGGCACAAGUGAUGCACAUUUAGAAGUUUCCCGGGCCUCAAUUUGUGUUUUAUUUUUGAGUAUUAUGUUGUUUUUCUUUCUAUUUUUAGGAGGGAAUAGGGGGUGUUAGGUUGAGUGCCUCCUACAUUGUGAAAUAAAUAUGGUUUUAAUAAGCUUCCAAUCUCUAAAUUUGCUGGGUGAAAUUA